AUGGAUUACAGACAAAGAAAAAAUCACAAAGCCUCUUCACGUAGCACUUCACCUGCAAGAUCGAUAGCGGCACCAUAUUCUACCCACCAUCCUCACCCCACCACGUCAAGCACAGCGGCACCACCUACUGUGAGUCGAUGGCAACAAUUGGUAAUGGGAGCUGGAUCAGCCGCAGGUACAACAGCAGCAGUCAUUAGCGAAGAUUCAAUGAAAUGUCUCAAGUAUUGUUUAAGCUGGCUGAAAUACGCCAUUCAACACAUUGAGCAGCAGAUGGCUGUCUUGAAGAGUUAUCUCGUUUCUCUAGCCACAACAAAAUCCUCCUCAUCCACAUUAGCGGUCAACAAUAACACCACCAACAAUCGAUCUGUAUUAUCAGGCAUCAAAAAAGACAUUGUAGAAACAUUGAGAAAAGUAGUCGAGGUCAUUACAAAAUAUGCAGGUGCAUCAUUACCUUCGCAAUCAAGACAAUCAGUUCGAGGAUUCAUACUUAAUUUACCUGGGAAAUGGGCAUCCUUGAACGAUAUAAGAUCAACAACCAAUUCACCUGCUGGAUCGCCCAUGUUGGGUCCCAGAUCUUCCGCUUCAUCAUCCUUCUCAUCAGUUUCCUCCUCCCUUCACCAGGACACAAGACAAGAAGAAGCAGCUGUCAGAUUACUGGAGUUUGGGCAGGAGUCAGUAGACAUGCUAAACUCAGUUUCUACAGUGUUUUCUGAUACAGUAGAUCGAGCUGAAUUAUGGAUUGAUCGUUUGAAGAUGGUACCUGGCAUGAAUAACAGCAAUAGUAACGCUACCAGAAACAACAAUAACGACAUGGAAGGCAUCCGGUUACCACCUAUCCGAACAUUGGAUGUGCCAAACAACUCAUUUGAUCAUAAUAACAAGUUUGAACAACGUUGA